GGUCCUGACGCGACAAUGUGCGACCAUUUCUCACUAACACAUCGCGCGGUGGCCUGUGAUUGGCGGCCAUCGCACCGAUACGGUUUCGUACGGUUUGCGCUUGUGAGUCAGAGGAUUCAUAAACAUAAAAAUAAUUAUAUUCUAUAUUGCAUUACACACGCACAGACCAAGUAGUCAUUGGAAAACAGAUUGUCAUAAAUGACAAUUUCUCGGAUAGUUUUUGUUGAUAUAUAUAUAUAUGUCAUAAUAUGUCUACAGUGGCUCUACAUAUGUAUCAUCAUCAACACACAAUGAAAUAAGAAGAAUACUCAGUUGUAAAUACCAUUGAUAGGUUGGAUUCAUAUUCAGGUAUCAUAUUUUCCCUUUCAGAAUUUUUGAACAUUUCAAUAUGUAAGUCACACAUCUAAACUGCUUUACAAAAAGCGCAUUCGAUUGAUGAAUCUUCCACGAUGAUUAAGCAUUUAGAGCUGAUAUAGUUAUUGAUCAAUGCUAUUUGCACCUGCAUAAUUUAUACACACGACUUGCAUUUAGUGAAGCUUCCUCUGCUUAUUGACUACUUCAAUCGAUCAUACUAUAUACGUUCAAAAUAAUAAGCAUUUACAAUGUGUGUCCAAUAAUUAAGUAAGUAAUUAAUUAAGCCAUUCUACGUGAACUCAACUGGAAAGGCCAUUCUGGAGGAUAACUAUUAACAAUAAAAGAAAAACACAAAAAAAUAGAGCCUGUGAGAUGGAGAAUUAUUAAUUGAAAUGUAGAAAUCAACAUGUUGGAGUAUCAACUCCAUGAAUAUAGUUAGUAUUGAUAAAAGGCAAAUGGAGAAUAAAUGGAUAAAUGAACGGGUGUCUUGAGAGAAUAAGACAAACACAAACCAAAUAACAGGAAAGGAGAGAAAAUAGAAAAAAAGAUGACUCAUAUGCAGCAGCACAUACUUGCUAGUGCUAUAAUACUGGCACUUGUCGUUGUAUGGGGCAUCCACGUCUUCUUGUUUCCAAUGUAUACCUCCAAUCCACCGAUGAGACACACAAAAAUAUCAAUUUAUGAACAAGCAUUGUGCCGGGGCAAUGUCAAGUACAUAAAAAUGCCAAUUGAAUGGAGGAAUCCUUGUCCCAAAUAUGGUAUUGUAUCUGCUGUCCAGGGUGGUCGUUUGGGAAAUCAAAUUUGGGAAUAUGCAUCGGUUUGGGCAACAGCUAGGAGAACUGGACUCGAACCAUUUAUGCCAAGAUGCAUUUUAAAAACAUUACAGCAAUAUUUCGAUAAUCUCAGUAUACCGCCAUUGAGUUACAUUGGCAGAUGCACUUUGGAUAUUGGCCAAGUUGUCAAUUCUUUGACUCAAUGGAAUAGUACUGAACAAAAUAUUAUCAUUCCAAGACAUGCGGCAUACUGGAGUUUGAUUCUAAUGUGGCUUGAUGAUGUUCGAAGGGAAUUUACCUUGAAACCAUCAUUAAAAAAAUAUGCAGAAAUGCGUUUAGCUGAUGUUGCCACAACAUUCAACAAAAGUACACCAACUUUUGUUGGCAUUCAUGUGCGAAGAACAGACUAUGUGGAUUACUUAUGGCAAAAAUUAAAAGUUCGACCAGCUCCAGUUCGCUACUAUCUAUCUGCCAUGGAGUAUUUUAAUAGAAAAUAUGACAAUGUCUUAUUUAUUGUUGCGAGUGAUUCAAUCAGGUGGUGUAGAUAUAAUUUACGUAGCAAUACUCAUAAAAUAACUUUCAUUUCUGAUAUAGAGGCACGGGGAGUGGGCAAAGAUUUAGCAGUAUUAGCUGCUUGCAAUCACAGUAUUAUUGAUUACGGCACUUAUGGAUCUUUUGCAGCUAUCUUGGCUGGUGGUGAAACGGUUGUUUACAAUGUUUCAUCAUAUUUCUCAACUUCGAUGGCCGAUGUACUGCCCAAUUGGCGUAUAAUGAGUUAAAUUAUAAAUUCAAUCGGUAAUAUUAAUUUUCUGUUAAUUAACUACCCCAUAACAACUCUUGGACCUAACACUUUCUGUGGAGAAAUAUUAUUUUAGAUUCAUAAAGGAUAAUACUCAUUAACAUUAAUGUUGAUAUGAUGACAAAACGCCAAAAUUUUCUUUGCCAAAUAAAUCAAGGCUUCCAUAAUCUCUAUAAUAUUACAGAGGGCUCAUUCUCAAGCAUCGUAAGAUCUGAUGAAAUUUGAAUUUUUAAUAAUUAAAAUCAAUCCUCUCAUAUAAUCUACCUGUAUAUAAAUACAAUUAUUCCAUCUGUGAUUCUCUGUCUGAUUGUGCCAAAAAAAAAAAAAAUUCUUAUAUUUAUAGAAUAACUCGUGCAUAAAUGUUUCUGGUAUUUUGAGAAUUAAAUUCUACAAUAUCAAUCACAAUAACUGCUAAGUGUGGGGAUUUUAAUGAAUCCUGUACAAUUUACCAAUAAUGUAAAUUUUUUGUUGAAUGUUUUUGGAUCGUUAACGAUCGAAGUAUGUGAAAAAUUCACAUCUUUUCUUUAUAAAAAAUGUAAUGAUAUUAUCAAGUAUCAAUUAUUGCCGUGUAUUGCCAUGUGACCUGAACAUAUACAAUGUUAAUAAUUCCUCAUAUUCUAGAGAUGAGAGAUGUCAAAGUAAUCCAAACAUCAUUUUUAGUGUGUAUUUUAGCUCUUUGAUAAUGUUUGAAUGACAAGUGGAAAAUUUGUGCCUGUUUAUUGGAAAAAUGGUGAAAUUAAAAUUGAUGUACAACUUGAUAAUAUUCAGGUAUACUUAUAGCCCCUCACUCCUCAUUGUGUAUACUUUCUGUGAUAUAUGAAAAGAGAAACAAAACAAAGCGUGGGGGAGGAGAAAAUUGUCUAAUUUUAUGAGAAACUCAUCCACAAUUGCUUUUGAAAAUUUAUCUAUGUACCUAUAAAAUUUAUUGUAAAAGUGGAGAUAAUAGUUAUAAGAAUAAAUAUUGUUGUGAGGAA